CAAACACCCUGAACAUGGUCCCUUCGUCGCUGUGACAAGAAGUUGGCUGCGCCACAGCCGAGAAGCAGCGUUUACAGAGAGAGAGGGGGACAGAGACAGAGAGAGAUGGCAUCUGGAUGGGGAAUAACGGGAAACAAAGGCAGGUGCUACGAUUUCUGGAUGGAUUUCAGCGAGUGCAUGUCUCGGUGCAGGGAGCCCAAGGAUUGCGCUCUUCUCAGAGAAGACUAUCUCGAGUGCCUCCACCACUCCAAAGAGUUCCAACGUAGGAACCGAAUUUACAAGGAGGAGCAGCGUCAACUGAGAGCCGCUGCUCGGAAGGCCAAGGAAGGUGGAGAUGUCCCGGAACAUCACCAUUGAUAGAGUUGCGGUUUAUCUUGUUUUGGACCUUCACAAAUAAUUAAGCACAACUGAUUUGUAUUUUAUGUUUUCUGGCUUGUUUCUUUCAUGGCCCUGUUUCAUCUCUGGAAUGGGAAUUGUACUUUUAAGAGCAAACUGGCAGGGUAAAUUUCUCUUCUCUUGGUUGCGUGCACCAAAUGAUCGGGCAAUGGCCGGCAAGGCAUUGGCUUUUGUUGUU